AUGUCGACAAUACAGGAUUGGGCGCAUGCCCUUAUGAAUCCUUCGCCAGUGGGCCUCAUAAUUGCGAUACUAAUCGCCUUGACAAUACCUAUCUUUCUACACACAGUAGUCUUUAAAGCCAGCGGACUCACUACCUUACCUUCUAUCCUCCUACUCAGUCCCAGUGGCUCUGGCAAAACUUCUCUUCUCACACUAUUCGAGCGCGGAACCCCCGCCUCGACCCAUACAUCCCAAACCCCUCUCGCAGUCGAAUGCUCCCUCCCCGUAGGAACCACCGCCUCCUCAGACAAAUACCGCUCAACCCACGAUCCCACCUCUCUCACCCACAAGAAAUUCCUCCUAAUCGACACCCCAGGCCAUGGUAAAUUACGCCACCAUGCCCAAUCAUCUAUCACCAAUCCCCAGAACCUGAAAGGCUUGAUCUUCUUAGUCGACUCAGCGACCUUAUCCGCCGGUGACGAGGGCUUAAGACAGACUGCAGAUUAUCUCCAUAAUAUCCUCUUAAUGUUACAAAAGAGAUCGACAGGCAGCAAAGCCGCAAAAGCAUUAAAAGAUAUCCCCGUCCUGAUCGCGGCGAAUAAGAUGGAUCUCUUCACGGCGUUACCAGCUGCUCUCGUGAAGUCUAGCCUGGAAGCGGAGAUCACGAAGGUGAGGGAGGCGAGGAGUAAGGGGUUGUUGGAUUCGGGGAUCGGGAUGGAGGAUGAGGGGGAGGAGAAUGAUGAUUGGUUGGGGGAGAUGGGGAGUAAGGAGUUUAGGUUUAAGCAGAUGGAAGAGUUUGAUGUUAGUGUUGAGGUUCUGGGGGGUAAUGUUUGUGGGGAGGAGCCGAAGGUUGAUAGAUGGUGGCAGUGGAUUGCGGAGAGGUUGUGA